UUUCCUUGAAUUAUUGAAGGGAAUUAAGGAAAAUGACACCGGUAGCGACAUCCGGAGUUGAAGUAGAAGAAGAUCGGAUCCAGAAAAGGGUCAAUAAAAUAUUGGAAACUCGCUUGGAUGCUGAGAAAGACACUUUGGAAGCUCUGCAGGAUUUGUCGAACUUCUUUACGGAAAACACACUACAAAACCGACGUAACUUACGUUCACGCAUCGAAAAACGUUCGGUGUUUAUUAACGAUGAAUUUUUGAAGGCAUUUCGUGAAGUCAAGACCAGUCUUGAUUUAGUGAUUACCGACUUAGAUACGUUGGCGGAUUCAGUACAGGCAAUGAAAAAUGAUUUGGAAUCAUCGAAAGCUUUAACCCAUGAUUUGAUCAAGCAAACUAACUCACUGCAAGAGGAACGUGAUCGUCUCCAGGUACAUAAACAAAUUGCAGAAGCAUUCCUGGGACGUUUCCAAUUAAGUGUACCCGAACAUCAAAUGCUAUAUGGCACCUCAAAAGAUACACCCAUUGUACCGGAAUUUUUUGAUGUUUUGGAUCGUGUACAGUCGAUACAUUCCGAAUGUCGUGUUCUAAUGCAAUGCGGCUACCAAACUGCGGCGUCAGAUAUUAUGGAAGAGAUGACGUUGCAUCAGGAGGGUGCGUUGGAACGUCUCUAUAGAUGGACACAAAAUCAUUGCAGGAAUUUGGAAAAUAAUGAAAUUGGUCAAUUGGUUUGUCGCGCCAUGGGUAGACUACAAGAUCGUCCAGUUUUGUUUAAAUAUGUCAUUGAUGAAUAUGCCAUUGCCCGCAGAGCAGUGUUGGUGCGCCUUUUCAUUGAAGCCUUAACAGAGGGUGGCCCUGGUGGCAAUCCCAAACCCAUUGAAAUGCAUGCCCACGAUCCAAAACGUUACAUUGGUGAUAUGUUUGCUUGGUUGCAUCAAUCCAUUCCCACAGAGAAGGAUAAUCUAAAUUUACUUCUCAAGGAAUGUGAUAAAAAUGAUAUAUCGGAACAAAAACGUAAUGCUUUGGCAUAUAUAGUUGAGGGUGUAUGCCAUCCCUUGAAGGUGCGAGUGGAUACAAUUUUAACUUCCGAAAAAGAUCCCAUUGUUUUAUUCGCAAUUUCAAACUUACUACGAUUCUAUCAACAAAUUAUGCGACAAGUGGUCCAAGGAGGAUCUUUGGAACAAUGCCUAACUGAUUUACAAAAAUCAAGUGAAGAAAUAUAUUUGAACGCCUUGGCAGCCCAAGUAAAACAUAUUUUGCAAAAACCUGCAGGAUCAGCUGCGGAGCCACCACAAAGAGAUUUGGUGCCACCCGCCAGUUUGGGACGUUUAUUAAAUCUUCUGAAAGAGAUACUUUCAGUGGCCACAAUGGUUGAUGGUCGUCAAUCGGAUAUUACCAAAAUUGUCUCUUGCAUCAUAGACCCAUUGCUACAAUCUGUACAGGAGUCUGCAUCACAUUUACCCACAAUUGAUAUGUCGGUAUAUUUACUAAAUUGUAUUUACCACAUGCAAAACUCUUUGGCCGUCUAUGAAUAUAUGGAUGAGCGUGUAGAACGUCUGCAGGCUCAAUCGGAAGCCCAAAUUGACACACUCACGUCAGAACAAGCUUCAUCCCUAGUGGCAAAUUUACAAUUGGGUCCCAUCUACACCAUUCUCCAAACGAAUCAAUCGAAGAUUGAAUCAAAUCUUUUAAAGAUUUUCAUGAAUAAAAUGGAUGCAUUUUUACAAAUGCCUGAAGUUUUGCUUCUGCCACAAAUCCAAUUGAUUAUGUCAAGUUCCCAUCGUAAUGCGGUGCAAAAGAGAUCAUUCAAUGUCAUUGUGGCAAUUUAUAAGCAAAUCUAUGAACGUGUUCACGACCCGGCAAAUGGUUUUGAACAUCCUGAAGCUAUAUUUUCAAAGACCCCCGAGCAAGUCUCUAAAAUAUUGGCCCUCUAAAUAAGG